AUGGGCGACGGCGCCGACCCUGAAGUCUUUUCCGAGAUUGCCGGCAUCCGUGACUUCGAUGUCGAGGAGAACUCGGAACUGGUCGAAACCACGAACCAUGGUUCCGCAACCAGUAACGGCCUGCCGUUCCGCGAAUACAUCGCCGGCCCGAUUGAUGGCACCGAAAUCACGCUGCCGCUGAUCUACGACUACAACGAGGCCACGCACGACACCUCGACGGGCCUUCGCAGCAAGCGCGGCCAGCGCAUCAACUUCGAGCUGGUCGAGCCCGGCAGCACCCAAAAGGAGUCGUUCACCGCGAUCGUGUUGAACUUCUCGCGCUCCUAUCCUGUGGGCGAUGUCAUGGCCAUGGAUGUGACCUUGAAGCCGGUAUCGCCGGACCUUAUCGCGCUGGAGGAGAUCUACGGCGCGGGCGAGGUGGAGGACGGCGGGGGGAUGCGGCCCGUGGACAUGCCCGAUGACAUCUUCGAGCACAUGGCCAGGCAAGGCAUCACGGUUGACGCCUUCCGCGAUGCGGUGAUGGACGCGUUCAUGAUGCAGACGCAGGGCAAGACCUAUGCCGAGGCGGUCGAGGAGGCUCGCAAGAUCAGACAAGACGCGAUCGAGCAGGUGACCAAGUCGGCGAAGGAGUCCGACGACGGCGACCCUUUCAAGGAGCCCGAGGAGCAGAACGAUCCAUCAUCCUCGGAUAUCGAGCAGGUCGUGCGCUACGCCAAGACGCGCGCGAAGGUCGAGGCCGAUGCCUAUCGGCGGGCGGCGCAACUCGAACACUUCAACGCCAGCCUUCAGCGCGCGGAACGGAUCAAGAAGUUCGACACCUACAUGCGCAAGCCCGAAACGUCCGGCUCGCUGUUCGAGCGGAUCAGGGGCGCCAUUCGCGGUGCCCAAGAAAUGAACGCUGAGUAG